AACAUCCACGUUUCAUUUCGUCCUUUGCCUCCUUAAAACAAGGACACCGUCGGGGAAAAUUUUUGUAUCCGGAAAUGGGCGCGUGAUUUUCGGCAGGAGUCGCACGCGAAGGCGGUGUUGUUUGUUUCACGGCCAUUCGGAGCGUCAACGGUGUGUACGGAUGGGGGUCACAGCGGAGGAAUGAAACGGUUUAAUCGGUGGAUUGGGGGUGUCAUGCCAGCGUAUUCGCCAAUAUCAGAGCAUCUUCUUCAGACAGUGGUGUUGGUUGACCCAUCAGAAGAGGUCCAUUCUCCGAUUGCCGAUUUUGCUGGGAAUAAGUUGCUGAUACCGAGCGGCCAAAGCUCCGAGCAGGGAGGUGCGGCAAGGUGGGGUCUUUACCCGACAACUCUUCUCUGAUAUCCUAUCCAACGCUCAAGUGAUUGACAGCCACUGAGGCUUACUAUUUCCUGUCAAGAAGAGGAGGGGGGUAGGAGCUCCCUGGACUAAAGCCAGGAGCAUAAUAUUCUGGGAUAUAAUUUGAACCUCAGCAUCCCAACAUGGAGGGGGUCACGGAGGACGUCUCCGAGACGGUAGAUGCAGCGUCUCCCUUUGACCUUUUAGAGGCCCCGACUUCUGGAGGAUUUUUGAAACUGUCCAAACCCUGCUGCUACAUCUUUCCCGGAGGAAGAGGAGACUCGGCGUUGUUUGCCAUCAACGGGUUUAACAUCUUGGUGGACGGCGGAUCGGAGAGGAAGUCUUGCUUCUGGAAACUGGUUCGCCACCUCGACAGGAUCGACUCUAUUCUGCUCACCCACAUCGGAGCGGAUAACCUCCCUGGCAUCAAUGGAUUAUUCCAGAGAAAGAUCGCAGAACAGGAGGAGGAGCGCAACCAAGGAUCCGGUUCAAGCAGCAGUGGCGAGUCCAUGAAGAACCUCAUUUCCCCCGAGCUGGGGAUCGUAUUUCUGAACGUCCCCGAGAAGCUUCGGACGCCGGAGUCCUCUCUGAAAGUGAAACGAAGCAUCGAGGAAGCGUCGCUGACGCUGCAGUACCUCAGUAAGCUUGGGAUCACACCAGAGCCUCUUCACAGGGCGGUGAGCAACACCAUUGAACCGAUCACGCUCUUUCACAAGCUUGGAGUCGGAAAGCUGGACAUGUAUGUGCUAAACCCCGUCAAAGAGAGCAAAGAGAUGCAGUUCCUCAUGCAAAAAUGGGUCGGUAACAGCAAAGCCAAGACGGGGAUUCUGAUGUCCAACGGAAAGGAAGGAGAAAUAUCCGUUCCCUAUUUAACAUCAGUGACUGCUCUUAUUGUUUGGAUUCCUCAUCGUCCCACGGAAAAGAUAGUCAGGGUGCUCUUCCCCGGGAACGCACCACAGAAUAAAAUCUUUGAGGGCCUGGAGAAACUGAAACAUCUGGACUUCCUGCGAUACCCGGUGGCGACUCAAAAAGAGAUAUCGUCCGGUGCGCCGCUGCCCAUCAUCAAACAGACAAAGAUGAGAUCAAGAGCAGACAGCAAAGAGAGUCUGAAAUCGUCACCAAAACCAAACUCUAAAACAGCCAAGAAAGAAACGGUCGGCCAGGACGACGAACCCAAGAGUGAAAUGACGAAAGAAAAUAAACUCGAGAAGAAAAUCAAAAGCGAAAGUCUGAAGGCCACAAAACAACAGAAAAAUAGCGAAGUGGCGCCCAUCGCAGGCAAGUCGGAGAAGAAGAAAAUAUCAAAGGAGAAAAGCAGCAAAACUGACAAAGUCUCGCGUAUGGAUGAAAAGAAAGACAAAGAGAAGAAAGAAAUUAAGAGAGAAAAAGUAAAAGCAGACGAAAAUAUACGAAAGGAAGACAAGAAAGAAAACAAAAAGAAGGACCCAAGUAAGCCAGAACUGAGAAAAAUCACCAAACCCGACCUAAAGCCCCUCACCCCUGAAGUGAGAAAAACUCUUAGAAAGACUCAGGCUAAGACCAAGACGGAAAAAAAUACCGGACUUAAAGAGGAUCAAAAUGGUAAAAAGCCACCCCCCAAGAACCUCCAAGAAGAGGUUGCGGACAGAUCCAUCGUGUCCUCCCCCGAGGACCUCACUGAGGACUUUGAGGCGCUAAAAAGAGAAGAGUUGUCCAAACCCAAGAAUGAUUCUACUCAGAUAUCCGACUUGUCAGUUCACAAGGAUACCAAAGUUUCUACCUCAUUUCCACCGCAUGAGAAAACGACAUCAGCGACUGAGACGAAGACGCUUUCGUCCACGUUCUCCGUGAAACCGGAGCAAGACAACGCAGACAAAAUGUCUUCAGAACAAACGGGAAAGGAUUCAAGCUGCGAUAAACUCGAAGGCAGCACGAUGAACGUGAAGACGUUUGAGGAUUACGACAAAUAUUCCGCAAAGGAUGACCUAAAAGACAUAUCAAAGAAGAGCGAAAGCUCAGAAGAGGAGGAUGACGUCAUUGAAAAAGCAGAGCUGGAAGGAACCGAAGAUGAUGAGGUUCUUAAGUGUAAAACACAGGAAAUGAAAAAAGAAAAAACAGGAAAAGAUGACACUACGUCGAUUGGACAAUCUACUUUGUCCACCGCGGCUCCGCCUGGGAAAGCAGUAGCGGCAUCAGCCUCCGAACAGUUCUCCUUGAUCCAAGAUGAAACCAUUCCUGCUUACUCCGAGACCGAGCAGACCAUCUCCGAUGAAGAGAUCCACGAGGAUCCAGAGGAGAAAAUCCCCCAGUUACGAUACGAUGUCGGAUCUUAUGACAUCUCAGUCCCUGAUGUCCCUGGCACCUUUGACUCCAUGCAGGGUCUGAAAGAAAUCAAGAGCUCUGCCUUGUCAGAUGUUGUGGAUGUCAGACCCAAAGCCCUGGUAGGAGGUCCGGAGCUUGCUUCCUACCCCGCUAUCAUUGCUGCUCCUCUAGCUGAGGAGGAACACAUUUCCUCGGCUACAUCCAUAACAGAAUAUGACAAAAUGUCUUCAUUUGCGACGUCUGUCGCCGAGGACCAGUCAAUAGCUUCUGUUACGGCUCCUCAGACUGAAGACGUUGGAAGGAACUCCCUCCUGCUCGACACCAUCAAUAACGUACCCUCGCCCGGGAACCAAGGAAAGGACUAUCUCCACUCUGCUGGUACCAUCUCGCCCACUUCUUCUUUGGAGGAUGACAAAUGCUUUAAAUCUCCUUCCUCCGAUGAGUACCAGCCCAACGUUCCUGAGAUGGAGAGCGAUACCAAGGCGCAUGCGGCUCACGAUGAAGAAGACGACGAGGAUGACGAGGACGAGGAUCAGACUCCAAAUGUUGACAUCCCACUGGGUAAACUCCGGGAAAGCUACGGACAUGCGGCAUCCGUGAUGUUCGCGGAGAAAGAGAAAUCACCCUCAGCCGCCGUUUCUUCUAUAAUCUCCGAGAAGCAAACAUCUCCCACGCAGGUUUCCAGUCAAAACCAGUCUUUGUCCAGUACAUUAGGAUCGAAGACUACCGGAAUGCAAUCUGUAGCACCUCCUCUAUGCACCUCCCCUGGGCUGGAGUCCCGAUUUAGGCAAGAGAGUGAUGACAGAUGUAUUAGUCCAGAUGACAGCACCGUGAAACUGGCUUCACCCACACAGUCAGUGGCGACUGACUCUCCGGCUGAGGAAAAACCCUCGAAAACCGAAGGUAGCACCGAAGGAGCGACGGACGUGAAACAACCUGAUCCGUAUAAAGCGGAGAAAUCAGUCACUAUUUCGGACAACACAUCCUUAAUCGGACUGCCGGGUGAAACGGAUGCGUUUGAGGCAUCGGAGGAAUCUGAAGAGGACAGUGUGGAUGAAGAUGACUAUUUCAUCAAAAAGGAUCUCCAACCUGCUGUUAAGGCUAAACUAAUGGAGGCAAAAGAGGGCUGCUUCCUGGAUGAUGACCUAGGUACUACUGAGGUCAAAACCGAAAAGAACCACACUGAGAUUCUAAGAUCAGAUAAAACAGAUCUGUCUCCGAGUGCAGAUGAGAAACCAAAGCCUCAAGUCAUAUACUCGGAAGAAUCAAGGUUCUCUUCAGCAGAUCCCCACAAAAGUGCCGAGAAAACGGAUCAGUCUCCCACGGGGCCUGAAAAAAGUGUUCAUUUUGGUCUUGGUGCUUUCCCAGAAAAGGAGACCAAAGAGAAAGCCGUGUAUAUAAGACAAGACACGCCUUACGUACAUGGCAAAACAUUCUCUUACGGUGACGUCUAUGAUAGCAAGACAAGUUCAGUGGAAUCGGAUUCGUAUUGUCACGAGACCACGGAAAAGGCGGACAAAAACAUUUCAAAGGAUGACGUGUGUCCGAGGGACACGAUAUCAGAAAAAGAGGAAUGCACACUUUCGUAUGGAAAAGAUACUUCCACCCCAACGUGGCCGGAGUCCAAGAGCCCUUCAGUUGUUUCUCCAUUGGUCCAACAGACCCAAAAACCUGACACGUUUGAAUACACGGGUCGGUUUUCUUCAGUGGCAGAUAAGCCUGAAGCUUCCGGUUCUCCAUCAUCGGAAAAAGACCCGUUGUCUUUUACAAGGGAACCUGACUGCCCCAAACCUGCAGCAUAUUCCUCAACGACAGAAUCCAAUGACGUUCCCGGCGAUAUUGACAGUGCGCCAUGUUUGGAUAUUGAUAUGCGGAAACUGACCGCAAGGGACGAGGAAGACUACGAUGAUGAUGAUAUCACUGAUGAAGAUGAUGAUGAGGAGGAGGAGGAGGAAGAUGACGAUGAAUGUGAUAUCGGUUCUGACAUGGAUCAAGGUGUCAAAGGAACAUCAGUGAAGGAGAUCAAGGGUCCCGUCAGUGAAACCUUGAGCUCAAAUAAGCCGGAAUUUAUGGUUUCUAUGGCCGGAUACGGAUUUAACAGCCAGGGGAAGCCAAGCGACAAAGAAACCGCAAAGGUCGUAGAUGAAGAUAAAACCGACCCCGCAUCCGUGUGUGGUAAGACGGUUGAAUUAGCAGCUACGGGUUUCUCUGGCUUCUCCCCAGACUUCCACUUAUACGGAGAAGAAGACAAGGAGUCACUUUUACCGAGUCAGACCACCGAUAAAAAUAACGAAGAUUUCAACGUGAAAUCAUCAGAGGGUAGUUUUUACAGCGAUAGAGCUGAUCAGUACACGAGCAACGCCGCCCCCGGGUACUCCUCGUCCUCGGCUUACAGCUACUCCUCUUCUACUUCAGGCUCCUUUUCGACCAGUCGUCAGCUGGCGGAAGAGCUGGAGACUCCUGCGUCAGCCGAGCCGGUAUUUGAGUACUCCUCCUUUAAGGAAGAACGCUCCCCGGUCGCCGAUUCCCUGUUAUCCGCUUUAACCGGCACCAAAGAGGGAUACAUGGAGGUGUCUGAGAAACAGAUUCCCGAGUCCACAUUCGGUUUAGCUCGCUUUUCACCUCUCGGACCAUUUGAGGAGGUCAAACCCUUCUCUUCGCUUCCAUCGACUGCCGCCGAAGACAAAAAGGAGCACAUGACCUCUUUGGGCGGCGUUAUGGAUAAACGCCCUCAAUCGGAAUGCUUCUAUAAGCCAGAGUGGUCUGAGGCGGCCAAGUUGGACUCCGUAAAAGACUUCGGGGAAUCAUUGACCUUGCACGCUCGGGAAGCAGCGCUCUCGGUCGAUAAAGAAGCGGCCAGCGCUGCGCUGUUUGGCGUCACUUCUUCACCGAGGCCAGACAUCGAAGGCAAACAUUAUUUUGAGGAGACGGACAGCAGCGAAGAAGACGAGGAGGUUUAUAUGAAGGAGUCAAAAAUAUCAACCUCCGGCGGUCUUGCGGGUGCUUUGUCGUUCUCUGCCGAGCCGGAUGCUUCGGUUGGAGGUGAGAAGACCUGCGCAGAUGUUCUUGGUUCCUACAUGUCCUCACCGCUUGAAGCCGGCCGGACACACCCGACCAGCGCCCAAACAACCGACUCCGCGGAAAUCACUGCGAGCUCCGGCGGCGCGCUUGCGAGCCCGGCUAAGCUGGAGUCCAUGGAGGGUGCGGCGGGGUACAGGAGCUCCUACGAGUGGGAACUGCCCAAGCCUCAGAUAGGGAGGAUGCCCGGAGACUCGCCUCCUCAUUAUCGUCAUGACGAUGAGUUUGAGGAGGAGUGCGAAAUGGAGCCGGAGCACCCUGCCCGCCCGCUUUCUCUCUCUUCUACUAAUCAGCCUUUUCACUCGCCGUUUUAUAUCGAGGAGUGUAGCCGUCAAGGAAUGGAGGAGGAUGACGAUGAUGAUGAUGAUGAUGAGGAUGAUGACAGUGAUCAGGAGCUCGCCGGUAAAGCGCCCGUCGGAGCGGCCCCGCCAUAUGCAGGCCACACGUCUCCGGGGUAUUCGUCCUGUGAAUACAGGCAGCGUAAAACCGACCUGUCGCCCUCCUUUAUCAACCCGUCCAUGAAGCAGCUAUGUAGCGACGAUGACGAGGAGGAGGAAGAAGGACGUAGGAGUGACCAAUCCCAGGAAGGGGAUGAACACGACAUGUCGGUUAAGCGACGAGCCAAACAGCCCCACCACCACCACCAGUCCCAAAGCGGCUCACUGCAUCAAGCCGGCGGCAUGUCUGCCGGCUUGGGUCUCGCAACCGAGGACACGCCGCCGACUUCCAUCAGCGAGUCUUUCGCCUCUCAGUCGGACUCCGAAGUAGUGCCGCAAGGCACCGAAGAUUACCCUUCAGUCGCCGCCGAAGGCAACAUGGACUCCGAUGAGGAUAUAGACUACAUGCCCGUAGAUAAAAUAUCCACCGCGGGAGAAAGCGGCCACCACUCGGCGUCCUGGAAGAGCCAGGACCCGGUUCCCGUUCCUCAAAAAGACCCUUACCCUCACCCUCCUCGUCCGGAUGUUUGCAUGGUGGAUCCAGACUCUCUGGACAAGAAGGAGCUUAAACCUAAAGGCUUGAAGAAAGCUUUAGGGAAAAGCAAAGCAUCGCCAUCCAGACGCAAGAGGUCGCCCAUGCCCAUCAAACAGAUGUCGUCUCCUCGUAGCGCGUCGCUGAAGAAGAAGGAAGCGGAUAAGAGCUCACGCAUGUCCCGCUUGUCAGAUGGACAAGGCUCAAAGGACGACGACCUCUCAAGGUCGAGCUACAACCCCGGCAAGGGGCUGACCAACAAGAGUAGUUCAGGUUCACAAAAGGCUGGUUCUACAGCUCCUAUCUACGUGGACAUGGCCUACAUUCCCAACCACUGCAGCGCCAAGAACGUGGAUCAAGAGUUUUUCAAACGCAUCCGCUCCGCGUACUACGUGGUCAGUGGGAACGAUGCCGCCGGUGGUGAACCGAGCCGUGGAGUUCUGGACGCGCUGUUGGAUGGCAAAGCUCAAUGGGGGUCAAAUCUUCAGGUGACGCUGAUCCCGACUCACGACACAGAAGUGACCCGUGAGUGGUACCAGCAGACACACGAGCGUCAGCAGGAGCUCAACAUCAUGGUUCUGGCCUCCAGCAGCACUGUCGUCAUGCAGGACGAAUCCUUUCCUGCCUGCAAAAUUGAGUUUUAAGAAUGUGGUAUUUUUGCUGCCUCGCACACUUUUGGCCUGCCUACUGUAGAUCCGUUUGAAUUACUCUCAAGUGUGUCGUUUUUCUUGUCCCUUCUUUUGGAUAACGAUCUGUUUUUGUUUUUUUUUUUUGUAUUAACUUCUAAGCUUGUUGUAGCUGCCACGUCUGCAACAUGGAUGUUCUCCACGUCAUUAGCGUUCUAUCAAAGACACAGUGGGCUUCUUUGUCUAUAAAGUCGUUCUUAAAGACCGUUGUUGAGACCAAGGCUGCUUCUCAAAUGGAAUACUUCCGUCAGUACACUUCAAUAAGUACACUCUGUACACUUAGUUCAUUGGUGCACACGUUUUCACGUUUUGUGGCUAAAUGCUUCAACUUCCACUAAAAGUAAACCAAGGAGGACCUAUACGGACAGUGCACUCAUGCAAUUAAAAUACUCGCCCCAUAAACCCUGAUCGACCAACCCAGGGGUGUCCAAACUGUGGCCCUGGGCACAUUCCCAAAAUAUAACAAAGUAAAAAAAAAGAGCAAAAGGGGAAAAAUCAGCAGUAAUUUUAUGAGAAUGAAGUAUAAAAAAAGAAAAAAUUGUUGUAAUUGAAUGGAAAAAAUUUUUUUGUUAAUAUGAGAAACAAAACAAAGACAAAAACAAAAUUUUCGGAAAAUUAUUGUGGGAAUAAAGUCAAAAUAUAAGAAUUUUUUUUUAUAUUUGGAAAAUUAAAAAAUGGGGGGAAAACUCGACAUUAAUAAAUUAAAUUUAAAAAGUGAAAAAAACGUAUUCUGACAAGAAAAAAAGCUGGAUUUUUUUUUUUUUACAAGAAUAAAAGAAUGUUUUUUUAAGUUGCACGUUGAGAAACAAAAUAUUGCUGUAAUUACAAUAAAACUAGAUUGGGGAAGAGUUAUAAUACGGGAAUAAAAUAAUAUAUUACAAGAAGACGUAUAAUCUAAAGAAAAAAGUUAAUACUAAGUUAAUACUAAUAAUAGAUAUGUUGAUCUACAUCGCAGUUCUUUCUUGAAAUAUAACUUGUAAUGUACAAAAUAGAGACCACAGUUCAAUUCCACACUCGGCCAUCUUUGUGUGGAGUUUGCAUGUUCUCCCCGUGCAUGCGUGGGGUUUUUCUCCGGGUUCUCCGGUUUCUUCCAACAUUCCAAAAACAUGCUAGGUUAAUUAGCGACUCCAAAUUGUCCAUAGUAUGAAUGUGAGUGUGAAUGGUUGUUUGAAAAUGAAUGAAUAAAUGUACAAAAUAGUACAGUGGCCCUCGCUGGAAAAAGUUUGGACACCCCUGGUCUAACCACCUAACCCUUAGUGUCAGUACGGAAGUGUUCCAAUUGAGACACAGCCAAAAAAUAGUCAGUUUCUGUAAAAAAAAAAAAACAAAAAACAAAAAGUGGUCUUAAGUUGCUUGUCCUGUUAAGAGUCCACAUCAGUGUACCGUCAGGCCAAACGGAAUCGUUAUCCUUUCCGGUCUCUGUCUUUGUUUUGCAGUAUAGUCGAGUGAAACUUUGUGCUGGUAGAAAAUGCUAGUGAUCAGUUUCCUCCACGACCACGAAUUUCCUGUGUGCCUCCAACCUGUCAUAGAAAAGAGAGAACCUAUCCCCGUAGAGCCCAGCGUGUCCUUUUAACGUCUUAAAGAAAUAUAUCUUAUCUAGAGCGUAGAAAACAUCUUAUUCCAAACUUUAUAAUGUCGUGCAAUAUUUCUAUGAUGAAAAGUGGGCUGUUGCAGUGAUACAAUUUCUGUGGAUUUCAAUAAUAAUCCCCCCCCAGUCCUGUAGAUCCAGUUGUGAUGCUGUGACGGAGAAGCUUGAGAAGAAGAGAUGACGGCUUCUCCGUCUUUACCGAGAGCAGCAUUUUUGUGCGUUUGAAGGAGGAAGUUGAGGUUCGUUUCAGCUGCUGCAUCUCGUGGGAUCUUUACCGACGAAUAAAAAAAAAACGUGCGACAAGGGAAACAUGUGGUUACUAAAAAAGGGGAGUGUUUGCGUGUGCGUGGGCGGGUGGGAUUCGUGCAAAAGAGGUGAGACCCACAUGUGCCUUUUUUGUCCGGAUGUGUUUGGGAGGAUUGGAAGAGUGUUGAUGAUAGCAUUGGUAACAUAUGCCAGGGGUGUCCAAACCUUGUACGCCCAUGAGGGACAGUUCAACAUUGACUAUAGGGGUGUUAUUUCAUGUGUAGAGGGCUCUAAUAUUAAAAACUGGUGGUUUUCUAUGUUCUAACUAUGGAAAUAUUCCAUUGAGGAAUCCUCUUACCGCCUUUAGGUAUGGAUCUUAACCGGAAGAGCGGUCCAAUUCCAGCCUAUAUCAUGAAUAAUUAAACUAGCAUAUCAAGUAUCAAUUGAAAGCUAACAUUCAGCCCUCGCUAACAGUACAAGUAUCAUUCCCCUAUUGUUAAAAAGCAGCUUUAUUAAGUCUAGGAGAUAAGAAAAAAAAAACUACUUCAGUUGUGGGCCACACUUUGGACACCCCUGCUAUAUUACCUACGAUUGUAUGGUCCACACAUGACGCUGUGAAAGAGGCUUUGACGAGCUGGUCUCAACCGGGGAGAGUUUUUGUUUAUUUUUCUUACGCUGCCAGCCAAAUAAGCACAAUUGUUAUCAUUUUUUGUUGCGCAACCGUUAACAAUGUGAUUGUGUGAAAUUCUCCACUUGUACUCGGUCAUUCGUGUGGCUGACUCGGAACACGGAGGUUCUGGGUUUUCGAACGUUCGGGCUUUUCUAUGUGGGGUUUGUGUGUCUCCUCAUGUGUUUUGCGUGGGAACUCCUGUUGACUCCCAGAGUCUGAAAGCUAGCUAAAUUGCCCCUGUGCCCUGUGAUUGGUCGGUAACCAGUCCAGGGUGUGCCGACUAGUGUACCGCACCACCUCUCGGAAACUUAAUUUGCCUGUUUUUCGGUUAACGUUGAAAAAUGACUUGGUUAGUGUAUAUUUUUUUUUGCUUAACAUACAACAUCAGCGUCAGUCCAACUGCAUCCUUAUCACAAAAUGUCCCUUUGCUAUACAGUAAACCUCGGAUAUAUCGGACUCGGAUAUAUCGGAAAUUCGCUCACAACGGACAGAUAUAAAAGAAGCGAUUUUUCUGUAAUGCAUUUCCAAUAAAAAUUCAUUGCAUAUAUCGGAUUUUUUUUAACGGAUUUCGCCUAUUUCGGACAAAAUCUCCAGUCCCGUUCCAAUGCAUUUCCAUGAAAUUUCCCUGGCAUAUAUCGGAUGGCCGCAUCGUUAUGCUAAUCUUGUUGAUGUCACUGGCUAUUGUCUUUCUCCUGGCUCCAGAUUUAGGACAAAUAUAAAAGUGAGUGACGUCAAUAAUACUAGCACAGCAGUGAAUGAGAUCUUAACCUCACUAUUGGAAAUAACGUAGGCCUGACGGGCGUAACAGGGCCUAGCUUAAUUAACAAUUUGUUAUGCUCAGAGUCCAAUAAAGUUAAAUUCUCAUUACCUUACGUCUCUUUUCAUUGCCCAGUCCAGGUACAUUGGAAACAUAGUCAAGGAAGUGCCUUUUUAUAACGGAUAAAAUCCGAUAUAUGCGUAAAACGGACAUUUUCCGGUAUACGCAUACGCAACGGAUUUCGCUUAUAUCGGACAAAACCAGUGGGAACAAUUGAAUCCGAUAUAUCCGAGGUUUACUGUAUUUUACACCACAGGUAUAAUAUUAGCACAAAAGAAAUUACUAAAUAAACAUUUACGGUUUACCUUCAUUAAAAAGACACAACACCACCUUCCUGUUUUGCCGUAAGUUAUUUCUUAAAUUCAAUCGUGUUUCUCACCUUUAUCAAACUUCUGCCGCUUGCAACUUUCUUCGGCUCCAUUUCGGGACCAGGACUCCGGUAUGAAAACCCCCACGCAAGCACAUGGGAGACCCCAAACUCCGCACGGAGACGUUUCCUGCUCACGAGCAAGUAAAUAUGAAACAUGAAACUGAUAAUGAAGCAAACUUUGUUGUUCUAUUUGUAUUUACCUGUUUCCCCACAAUGACGUCGUCAACAGCAACCGGGUACAAAGUGCAUCAUCCAACAAAGGAAGGGACCAAGACGUUAUUAUAAAAUUAUAUUAUCAUGCUAUUAUAGCGGUGCAUGCAAGACUUGAAAGGCAGCAGUUUGAAUUGAUUUGAAUGUGACGAUGCAGACGACCUUUACGUUCUCCGUGGAGGACUCACCCCCCAUCUCCUGGUUGCCUUGGUUACCAUACGUAUUUAUAGCUCACAUCUCAAAGCAAAUAAAUCAGGUGUGCAUAUGUGAAAUGAUAAGCUUCUUUCUUUGGAUGAUAAAUGUUAUCACGCUAA